CUGCAAGCGACCCUAGUUUUCCCUUUCUUGUUUCCACUCCCCUCCUUUAAAUAAACUCCCCAACAAAAAUCUUACAUAUUCAUAUUCAUAUUCAUAUAUACACACACACUACCUCCACAUUUAACUCAACCACCUCCAUCUCCUUUAUUUCCACUCUCUGCUUCAAUUAAUUUGGAUUGCUCCUUCAAAAUGAGACUGAGUUGUAACGGCUGUCGAGUGCUGCGCAAGGGCUGCAGCCAGAGUUGCAGCAUAAGGCCGUGUUUGGAGUGGAUCAAAAGCCCUGAAUCCCAAGCCAACGCCACCGUCUUCCUCGCCAAAUUCUACGGCCGCGCCGGCCUCAUGAACCUCAUCAAUGCCUCCCCCGACAACCUCCGCCCUACUACGUUUAGGUCUUUGCUGUACGAGGCGUGCGGGCGGAUCGUGAAUCCGGUUUACGGCUCGGUCGGGCUGAUGUGGUCGGGCAGCUGGCAGCUCUGCCAGGCCGCGGUGGAGGCGGUGCUCAAGGGGGCUCCCAUCGCCCCGAUGCCCACCGACGCCGCCGAGGCCAUAAACGGGCCGCCGCUUAAAGCCUUCGACAUUCGCCACGUCACCAAAGAGGACACCCUCUCCGGGUCGGACGAAUUGCACCGGGUCAGGAACCGCUGCCGUUUCAAGCGGGCCAGGAGGAGCCGGGUCGGGUCGCCAGACGAGAGCGGGAACGGCUCGGCUCUGAGCCAUCAGUCUGAGCCGCCAGACGAGGAGAGUUUGGCUUCGGCUCAGACCCCCGAGCCGGUAGCGGGUCACAGCUUGGAAACGGAGGGCGAGGAUGGGAUGGGGCUGGAUCUGACGCUUGGGUUUGAGCCGAUUAAAGGCUGUGUUAAGCCGAAAAGUUGGAAGCUUGGUGAAGCUGUUGGCGGCUCGGCUGAGGAAGCUGGGCUUUGUAAAAUGGAGCUGGGGCUUGAUUUUUCGGCUUUGUGAGGGAUUGACGAUGAUGAUGAUCAGUUUUGACGGCUCAGAUGAAUAGUUUCAUUCAUAUAUUCUUUGUUUUCUCUUUUUUCAAUUUUUUCCCUUUUUAACAUCUCAAAAUACGGAUAAAUGUUUUGGUUGUACAAAAAUAUAUAGGAGGGAACAGAUAUUAAGAUGGUCAAUGAAAUUAAAUGUUUUUCAUCA